CGGCGCGCAGCAUUUACAUCUAAAGGCUAAUAGCGGUAGUUUCUUUACUAGCGAUGGGUCGGUCGCGAGCGAAACGGCUCUUUGAACGUCUCUUUCUCAACUCCCAUUUUAUCGGUAUCAUAUCGGCCACAACAAAAUCCAUAUCGGUUGGGCCCUAAUAAUCACUACAUAUAAUUUUGUUAUAAUAUUAUAAUACUAUGAUCAAAAUGUUUACUUAUAUAGUAAAUUAUUGAAUUUUCUUCAGGAUAAUAAAGUAUGUAUCUAAUCUAGCCAUCUAAUCUAAUUUUCAAUUAGAGCUCAGCAGACUCCUAAAAUACUCAAAACAAUGUUUAUAGGGCUUGACUGAACUCUAGUUUUCAAGAGUAUAUCUGAAAAAUAAUAUGGAAUUUUCUAAUGGGAAUAUAAAUCUAUUUAGAUUGAUUUAGAUUGAUUAGAGUCUCCGUAAUGUCUAAUGGGAGUUUUACAAAUAAAUAUCCAAUAGGAUUCUGAAGGGGAUAUCAUGGGAUUUUUUUGUAUUGUAUCUCUAUAGGAUUCUAAUAGGAUCUGUGAAAUCUAAGAGGACUUUUUGACUAGCGCUGCACUCACAAACAUUUUGUGAAAUGUAAUCAUAUAUGUAUGUAUAUGGUUGUAAUCUGUCUAGCACAUAGUCCAGUUAGUAUUUUUAAAUUGGGAAGAAAAAAAAACGUGGAAGUCUUUUCUUAAACAUUUUUAAAUAUUUUCAGACUACUAAAUCUCAGUAUUAACAUUUAUUUGUUUAGAGCUAAAGUGAAUAUUAUCAACCUAAACAAAUUGUUUUAAGUAUUACACAGCCCUAUUACCUAUUGUUAACAACUGUUUCCGAAAGCGUCUUCCCAGACGUCCUGCCCACCUGUAGCACACACAUUAGCCCCACCUACGGUCCAAAAAAGGGAAAGAAAUACACGCGACGACGCGGCGCAUCUCGUUUACGUUUGUAUUCAGUCGUCAAAUGCGGAGAAGUGUUCAUAUGAUAAUUUGUUUAAACUUGGACAAGAUGAAGCUGUUGCUUUGCUUUGGUUAAAAUCUGAUCAUUACAAAAAUUUGGAGCAGACCAGGACACCAUGAUGGGGUUUGAUGGAGGUACAAGACCGCGGUACUGGUUCACCCUGGUCUCUGGGGUGGUGGAGUGCCUGUGUUUUGCUGGAGUACUUUUUGGAUGGGCCUCUUUGGUGUUUGUGCUCAAAGAAGAUGGAUACUUUGGUCAGUACUGUGAAGGAAGUCCCAACAGCACUUCAGUGGCUCCAGACUGUAGUCGUCAGGAUGAGCAAUUCUCCCUGGUGUUUACCAUUGGAUCUUUCCUCAAUAACUUCAUGACCUUCACAAAUGGAUAUAUAUUUGACCGUUUUGGCACAACAGUAACCAGACUUCUGGGAAUAUUUUUGUACACAACUGGCACCCUGCUUGUAGCAUUCUCUAGUCCUGCACUUUCUGAGAUGCUUUUUCCAGCCAUGUCUUGCAUUGGUGUGGGAGGGAUUCUACUGCUCAUAACAAACAUGCAGGUGGGUAACCUGUUUGUGGGUCAUCGCUCCACUGUUAUCACUUUGUACAAUGGUGCAUUCGACUCCUCAUCUGCAGUUUUUCUUAUUUUUAAGAUUUUAUAUGAACAAGGAGUCUCCCUACGCACCUCCUUUGUAGCUUUGUCUCUAUGCAGCAUCCUUCACCUCACAAGAACCUUUUUACUGAUGCCCAGAUCUUACAUUCCCUACCCUCUACCAGAGCUGUAUACCUAUGGAAACUUAUCUUGUGGAAAGGCAAAUUCUUACAAUGUUGAAAAUUUUGAGAAGGUUACAGAAGACGCAUCUAAAAAGGAAUGUGAAGCAGACAACAUGUCUCCACAAAAAGGUCAGAAUUUCCAAAGUUGUGUUUUAUCUUGGGUUUUCUUCUGGCACGUGCUGUGGUUAUCCACCAUGCAGCUCAGAAACUACUUCUUCAUUGGAACACUUAAUCCCAUGAUAAGUCGACUGGCCAACAAUGAUCCGGAUUUAAUUAGUAAAUACACCAAUGCGUUUGCCAUAACACAGCUCUGUGGGGUGCUGUGUGCUCCCUGGAACGGGCUCAUCAUGGACAGACAUAAGGGGAAGCCUCUAGCUCCUGGUGAGACUGAGCAGGAGGCGGACCUACGCUCCUCUGUGCUCUCCCUCUUUCUCACGGCUCUUCAGUGUUUAUGCUUCUCGGUGUGUGCCUCUGUGCCCAUCCUCCCGCUACAGUACCUCACCUUCGCUUUGCAAGUUCUCAACCGCUCUUUCCUGUUUGGGGGAAACGCCGCCUUUAUCAGUGUAGCAUUUCCAGCUUGCCACUUUGGGAAGCUGUACGGACUGGUGAUGUCAUUGUCUGCGAUCGUGUCCUUACUGCAGUAUCCAUGCUUUGCUUUGGUCAAAGGGGUUUUAGGUGGAGAUCCACUUUAUGUCAACAUUGCUCUGACCAUCCUCAUUCUACUGGCUUUCAUUCACCCCAUCAACAUCUACAUUCAGUGCAGAAAGUCAGCACAAAAGAAGACAGACCAAGUUGAAGUUUAUCAAGGCACAAUUUUAGCAGAGACUACAUUUUAAAUUACUAUAUUACAAAAUUUUAUUUUUAUUUUUUGAAGUGAACUUAUAUUUUAUAUUGAAAUACAUUGCUCCUGAUGAUGCAAUUUGAACAUGAGAAAAUGUUGCACUCUUAAGUUUUCUGAUUUGUGGAUUUAUAAAAAGGGGUAAAAAUAAAGCAAAGACAGUGUUGAUAACAGUAUUAUAUUAAUGUAACAUGACUAACAUGAAAUAUCAAAUCCAAUUUUGUACUAUGAGUGUGUAAUACAAAUUGGCCACCAAUCA